AUGUGUGGCAUUUUCGGAUACAUCAACUACUUGGUGGAGAAGGACCGCAAGUUUAUCCUCGACACUCUGAUCAACGGCCUCUCCCGUCUCGAGUACCGAGGAUACGACUCGGCUGGCUUGGCCGUCGACGGCGACAAGAAGAAUGAAGUCUUUGCUUUCAAGGAGGUCGGCAAGGUGGCCAAGCUGAGGAAGCUUAUCGACGAGUCCAGCAUCAACCUUAACAAGGUCUACGAUUCCCAUGCCGGCAUUGCACACACCCGGUGGGCUACUCACGGGCCCCCCUCCACCACCAACUGCCACCCGCACCGGUCCGAUCCCACCUGGGAGUUCACCGUUGUCCACAAUGGCAUCAUCACCAACUACAAGGAGCUCAAGACGCUGCUCAGCAGCAAGGGCUUCAAGUUCGAGACGGAGACGGACACGGAGUGCAUCGCAAAGUUGACAAAGUACAUCCACGACCAGCACCCCCAGAUUGGCUUCACCGAUCUGGCAAAGGCCGUCAUCACGGAGCUCGAGGGCGCCUACGGCCUGUUGAUCAAGUCGGUUCACUACCCGCACGAGGUCAUUGCUGCCCGCAAGGGCUCCCCUCUCGUCAUUGGCGUCAAGACCCAACGCCGGAUGAAGGUCGACUUUGUCGAUGUCGAGUAUGCCGAUGACAACUCGGCCCUCUCAGCCGAAGCUGCCUCGCAGAACGUGGCCCUUAAGAAGAACGCCCCCGACUUCCUCGGCGCCAGCAACAGCCUGCUGGGGGCCCCCGACAAGUCGCUCCUCCACCGCUCUCAGUCGCGCGCCUUCAUGACCGACGACGGCAUGCCCAUGCCCACCGAGUUCUUCCUCUCUUCCGACCCGUCUGCCAUUGUGGAGCACACCAAAAAGGUCAUGUACCUCGAGGACGACGACAUUGCCCACAUCCACGAGGGCUCCCUCAACAUUCACCGCCUCCGCAAGGCCGACGGCAGCUCCAACGUGCGCACCAUCCAGACGCUCGAGCUCGAGCUGCAGGAGAUUAUGAAGGGCAAGUUCGACCACUUCAUGCAAAAGGAAAUCUUCGAGCAGCCCGAGUCGGUCGUCAACACCAUGCGUGGCCGUCUCGACAUUGCCAACAAGACGGUCACUCUCGGCGGCCUGCGGUCGUACAUCUCCACGAUCCGCCGAUGCCGUCGUAUCAUUUUCAUUGCUUGCGGCACGAGCUACCACUCCUGUAUGGCGGUGCGUGGUAUCUUCGAAGAGCUUGCUGAAAUCCCAAUCUCGGUAGAGCUUGCCUCCGACUUCCUCGACAGGCAGGCUCCCGUCUUCCGCGACGACACGUGCGUCUUUGUCUCCCAGUCGGGCGAGACGGCCGACUCGCUCAUGGCCCUGCGCUACUGCCUUGAGCGCGGAGCCUUGACCGUUGGCAUCGUCAACGUCGUCGGCUCCUCCAUCUCCCUGCUCACCCACUGCGGUGUCCACGUCAAUGCCGGCCCCGAGAUUGGCGUGGCCUCUACCAAGGCGUACACAUCGCAAUUCAUCGCCAUGGUCAUGUUUGCGCUGUCGCUGAGCGAGGAUCGCGCGUCCAAGAAGGCCCGUCGCGAGGAGAUCAUGGAGGGCCUGGCCAACGUGUCGGGUCAGAUCAAACAAAUCCUGGACCUGGACAAGCCCAUCAAGGAGCUGUGCCAGAAGGUCUUCAAGAACCAAAAGUCUCUGCUGGUCCUUGGCCGAGGCAGCCAGUUCUCCACGGCGCUCGAGGGCGCGCUGAAGAUCAAGGAAAUUUCGUAUCUUCACUGCGAGGCUGUCAUGUCUGGCGAGCUCAAGCACGGCGUCCUGGCCCUGGUGGACGAGAAUAUGCCCAUCAUCAUGAUUCUGACUCGCGACGAGAUUUUCAAGAAGUCCCUCAACGCCUACCAGCAGGUCAUUGCGCGAGGUGGCAAGCCCAUUGUCAUUUGCAACUCUGGCGACGUCGAGUUCAAGGCCUCGGAUGCCGAGAAGAUCGAGAUCCCGAAGACGGUCGACUGCCUCCAAGGUCUCCUCAACGUGCUACCCCUGCAGCUGAUUGCCUACUGGCUUGCCGUCCUCGAGGGCCUCAACGUGGACUUCCCCCGCAACCUGGCCAAGUCGGUCACGGUCGAGUAA